GGCGCGAGGAGAUGCAACAGGGCGCCGCGCCUCCGGCACCAUGCGCCCCCCGCCCGCGCUGGCCCUGGCCGCGCUCUGCCUGCUGGCGCUGCCCGCCGCUGCCGCCGCCGCCUACUUCGGGCUGACCGGGCGGGAGGUCCUGACGCCCUUCCCAGGGCUGGGCACGGCCGUGGCCCCUGCACAGGGUGGGGCCCACCUGAAGCAGUGUGACCUGCUGAAGCUGUCCCGGCGGCAGAAGCAGCUCUGCCGGAGGGAGCCCGGCCUGGCCGAGACCCUGCAGGACGCUGCCCACCUCAGCCUGCUCGAGUGCCAAUUCCAGUUUCGACACGAGCGCUGGAACUGCAGCCUGGAGGGGAGGACCGGCCUGCUCAAGAGAGGUUUCAAGGAGACGGCCUUCCUGUACGCAGUGUCCUCGGCUGCCCUCACCCACACUCUGGCCCGGGCCUGCAGCGCCGGCCGCAUGGAGCGCUGCACCUGUGACGACUCUCCGGGCCUGGAGAGCCGGCAGGCCUGGCAGUGGGGCGUGUGCGGCGACAACCUCAAGUACAGCACCAAGUUCCUGAGCAACUUCCUGGGGCCCAAGAGAGGAAGCAAAGACCUGAGGGCUCGGGCGGAUGCUCACAACACCCAUGUGGGCAUCAAGGCAGUGAAGAGUGGCCUCAGGACCACGUGUAAGUGCCACGGCGUGUCGGGCUCCUGCGCCGUGCGCACCUGCUGGAAGCAGCUCUCCCCCUUCCGAGAGACAGGUCAGGCACUCAAGCUGCGCUAUGACUCAGCCGUCAAGGUGUCCAGUGCCACCAACGAGGCCUUGGGCCGCCUGGAGCUGUGGGCCCCUGCCCGGCCCGGCAGCCCCACCAAGGGCCUGGCCCCGCGGUCUGGGGACCUGGUCUACAUGGAAGACUCGCCCAGUUUCUGCCGGCCCAGCAAGUACUCGCCCGGCACGGCGGGCAGGGCGUGCUCUCGGGAGGCCAGCUGCAGCAGCCUGUGCUGCGGGCGGGGCUACGACACCCAGAGCCGCCUGGUGGCCUUCUCCUGCCACUGCCAGGUGCAGUGGUGCUGUUACGUGGAGUGCCAGCAAUGCGUGCAGGAGGAGCUCCUGUACACCUGCAAGCACUAGGCCGGCUGCCCAGGGUGCCCGGGGGCGCUGCCAAGAGCCCUGGCGCUCGGCCACCUCGAGGCCCCCCGGGCAGGGACGCACAGCAGGCAGGCACUCUCCGCCCCUGCACACGCACUCCUCCCUCCGUCGGGGCCUCAGCCGCCCUUCCCUCCCUCCGCAUUCCACAGAGAGAGGCUCCCGGGGACCAGCACGGAGGGUCCCCAGCCUUGUUGGAGCAGGAGCACAGAGUCGGAAAGGAGGUGGGGGGGGGGAUAAGGGAAGCCGAGAGGAGACCAGGACUGAGGGUCUUGUUGGAGGGGGGCAUCCCGCUAGCUCCAUUCCUCGGGUGAGUGGCCGAGAGCCAGCAAGACGUUGGGAGGUGAGCUUCUGGGCCAGCAGGGCACGGGAAGGCAGUGUCAGCUGGUUGCAAAGGCUGGAGCCUGGCAGGGAUGGGUCAGUUCAGCCCUCGGGCCGGCUCAGGUCACAGUGAGCCCUGGGGGCCAUGCAGCUCCACCCCCGGUGGCUUUGCUGUGCCAGAGGUCGGGGGAGAGGCCAGGAGGUAGGGGCUGUUUGUUUGCAGAAAGGAAAGCUUGCGGGGCUUGAGUGGACCCAAGUCAGAUACAUGCCCUGGAGCCCUGUGUCCUUGAUUUGGCUUUUAAAAUAGGCACUGAGGCCUCAUUCUUGCCUUGAGAGCUGGGUUAUGCACGCCCAGCCAGCCCUGCUCGGUAAGAGCCCCAGUGGAUGUGAGACUGGUGGGGUCGCACUGUCCCCGGGUGGCUUGCAGAGAGCGCACCGAGGCUGUACAGAGCGACAGCGACCCCUCCCCUGUUUUCCGGCUGGGGAACCUUUUGUCCCAGCCCAGGCGAGGGUGACCGCCUUUGGUUGGAGGCAGGGACGCAGGGAGCUCGGUUUCUCAGCUUCCCCUUAAGCCCUGUUUGGUCAACUGCCUGUGGCUGUGGUCACCCGUGCCGUGAGGCCCCAACGCAGCUGACAUUCGCGACCCAGAAGAGUUCUGACUCUGGUUACAAUUCCACUCUUCUAGCUACUCAUUUAAUUAAGGUUUUGCCCUGGAGUUACAGGCAUGGGAACGUCUUUGCUAAGCCUGGCUCCUUGGGGGCCCCCUCCACUCAUGGAUGGCCUCCACUUUGGCUCAUACCUGAGGAAUAGAAGUGACUUUGCUAAUUUCCUCUGAUUCUGUGGACAGUUAAAGGGCUACCUGCCAAGGCCCCUGUGUGAGAGGAGGAGAGAGUAGCUGGUACAUACACACACACACAUGCACACCCCUUGGACCUGCCAGGCUGGAGGGUUCCCAUUUAGCAGCACACACUCUGGUUCAGAACCAGGGCUUUGCAGGGGUCACUCUGCUGGAAGCUGAAUGCCAGCCAGGAGGAAGUGAGUGACCUCCUUCAGGAAGCCCUUGGCCGCUUUGCGAGCCCUGCCGCGCCCUCUGUCAGCUUCCUUUCUCCCUGAACCCAGAGUUGCUGACCCUUUGCUGAAUGGAAACUUCAGAAUCAGCCCUAUGCUCAGAAACCACCAGUUCAAGCCCAGGAAGGAGCCCUAGGCUCCCUGGGACCUCCAAGGGUGAGGAGCUUCCCUGGCUUUGGUGAGUCAGGGCAGCUUGUGAGAUGCUGGAAGGAUCUCUGGCUGCAGAAAUUCUGAGGAGAAGCCAAACUUACCGGAGACCCCCUCGCUGGACUGACCUUGCUGGCCCGGCCAGCCGGCCCACCUCUUGUCAAGAAGAGCAAAAAGGCGAGCAGCCUGGUUUUCUAGUUUCGUCCACUCCCCGCACUGUAUGGAGACUGUUUCUUGGCCAGCCCAAUCCAUCUUGUUCCUCUGAGACCCUAACUCUGCCUCCACCUUGCCCUAGCCCUUGUUAUAAGGUACCAGAGGCCUCACUGGCAAGAAGAAGGAGUCUGAUCCACCAACACAUCAUCUGCACCCCAACUCCCCCGCUGGCUGGGGUUGCAAGAGGAUAAAGGCAGACUCUGAGGGACUGAGGCCAUGGCUGGCCACCAUCACCGAUGACCUAGACCAAUGGCACGGGUGUGGGCUCUGAGGGCCCCUCGGCCUGGGGGGUCCUCCCCGUCUAGCCCCCCUUCUCCUUCCUUUCUCCAUCCUUUCUCUUCCAGGUGCCCCCAAAGGUCCA